CGUAAUCUUUAACAUAAUUCUAGAGCUACAUAUGACGAGCAUGUCAUUGCAUUGUUGAACUAUCAAUCGAGACGACUGCGAGAAAAUCAGCACCUCUCUUUCUCGUGUGCACUAUGCCCACUGACGUCACAAAAGCCUUCCCCAACAGUCUAGGUCAACGACUUCCACUAUUAAUGUUGGCCAUACCGAUUUGUCACUUUUGAUUCGAAAUUUCUCGUUAAUGCAUUCGAUUUAAUACAUCAUAUAUUUGCGGCAUAUAAAGCAGGUAGACCUAAUUCCACUAAAGGACAUUCUGUGAUAGUUACAGCUCUGGAUUAUCUGUGAGACGUUCUUUAAAAUCUUUAUCGGACAGUUCUCUCUGCAGCCACAGGUGGCCAUACUAUUAUAGGCUUAGUCAAACAGUGGAAGCUUAAAGAAUGGAGAGACGAAAAUUCAAGGGACCACAAAUAGUUGUUGUAGAAGACAGUUCUCAGCAGCCCAAACCACCCCGGCCUGAUUUGGACUCCAAAACAACUUUAACAAUAAAAGGAAAAAAGUUUGAAUGCGAUUCUAGUGAUCUCCAGCAUAUACGAUUUCUAGGGAGAGGUGCAUAUGGAGUGGUGGAAGAAAUGGUGCACACACAUAGCAAUACAGUUUUAGCUGUCAAGAGAAUAAAUGCUACCGUGAACAACUUGGAACAGAAGCGGUUGCUUAUGGAUUUGGAUAUCAAUAUGAGAAGUGGUUCGUGUGAAUAUACAGUUGAAUUUUAUGGAGCACUUUUUAGAGAGGGUGAUGUCUGGAUUUGUAUGGAAGUUAUGGAAGCAUCACUUGAUCAGUUCUACAAGAAAUUGAAAGCUCAUAAUGAAAAAAUUCCUGAGAAUGUCAUUGGCAAAAUAGCUAAAUCAGUUGUCCAUGCACUACACUACCUACAUUCAGAGCUGAGUGUGAUUCACAGAGACGUCAAACCUUCCAACAUACUCAUCAAUAAAGCAGGAGCUGUCAAAAUAUGUGACUUUGGCAUCAGUGGCUACUUGGUAGACUCUAUAGCCAGAACUAAAGAUGCUGGGUGCAGACCAUAUAUGGCUCCUGAAAGAAUAAAUCCAGACAGCAAUGGAAAUGGAUAUGACAUUAAAUCAGAUGUUUGGUCUCUUGGAAUAACAUUGAUGGAGUUGGCAACUGGUGAGUUUCCUUACUCUAAAUGGGAUUCACCAUUUCAACAAAUCAAACAAGUUGUCAUGGAAGCUUCACCAAAAUUACCAGCUGAUCAGUUUUCUCCUGAAUUUUGUGAUUUCAUUGACAAAUGCUUGAAUAAAGAUUACAGGGCUAGGUACAACUACAACCAAUUAUUGCAACAUCCAUUUAUAAUAAAGGCUGAAGAGCAAGAAGUGGACAUGGCUGGAUAUGUCAAUCAAGUCAUAGCCAAAUAUGGCAACCUCAAUGAAAGUAAUACUUGAGACCUGUAGGAACAUAGGAACCUAAAAUCUAUUGAAAACGUGUGCUUGGUAGACUUAGGCUAAAGAAUAGCAAAUGGAAGGAGACAUUGUGUAAAUCCUUUUAUUUUUUUAAUUGGGAUUUAUAGUUAUUUCUCUGAUUAAUCUUCCCCUCUUGCUCCUGAUUUGAAUUGCUUGUAUAAAAGUGGUAUAACUGCUUCAAAGCUGAAGGUUGAGAUUUUAAUCAGAGUUAUAUAUAAAUAUAUAUAUAUAUAUAUAUUGUAUAAAAUUUUGAUCUAUUUGUAACUGUUAAAAGAAAAUAAAAACAACUCUCAAUUGUACAUAUAUAAGAAAAGUUAUAUUUAUCUCUGAGAGCAUAAGAUUACCUUCCCAUUUUUUUAAAGAACUGGAGUCAUAACUUGGUUUUUAGUUUCUUUUAUUUUCAAUUUAAAAUUAUAGUUUUUGUACAAAAUAUUUCUUUAAAAUGUUAAAAAAAGAAAUGCUUUGUCAUGUACUUUUUAAACUAACAGUCUGAUCAUUUUACAUCUUUACAGAAAAGCAAUUUUUUUUUUACACUAUCAUGCUUUGAGUUCAUGCCAUGGGGUUAUUAUAAUCUUUUAAUAUGUAAUAGUUUUAAAGAUUCUUAUUAAACAAUUAGAUUUACCAGUAGUAAGUUCCCAUAAAAUGUAUUUCCAUUUUUUAUAUCUUUUAUUAGCAAUACAAGAAUUUUUAAUUAUCUUGUAUGCUUAUAUCAUAAAGUAUUUAUUGAAUGCAUCUUGUAGAUAAUGCUUAGAUAAAAUUUGUAUAUGCUAUUUAUAAGAUCUUAACAUGAAUUUGUAUUUAUGAUUGCCUAUAAUUUGAGCUAUGCAAGUGAGUAGAUAUCUUAUGGGUGAACACUAUGAAAUAACACACAUUGUUAGAAUAUACACAAACUUAAUUUUGUUUUUAUUUCAAAGUUUUGAAUGAAAUGAAAUGUUUACAUUGUUUUGCUAAUUUUCAAAAUACUUAUUUUUCUCCAAGUCUUUAAUGAACUCAUGUAAAAUAAAAAUGUAAAACCUUGUUCACAAUUUAAAGAUUUAGUUACAAGCCAAAUUAUUUCAUGACUUAAUUUAAGCCAAUCCAUUUCAGGACAAGUAAAUAUGAUUCCAAACCACUAAUUCUAACACAUGUGUAAUUUUUUUUUAAUGGGAAGGUACUGAAUCAUGACUAUUUCUGUAAUGUUUAUUUAUUGUUUACAAAAUAAAGUAUUUAUUAUUAUUUAUUCUGAGCUUUCCUGUUUCAUCAACAAAAAUUCAAUCAUCAUAUUGCUUAUUGCUCAUAGGCGUUUCAUUACUGAGAAAAUAGAGUAUGUACUAAUUCUCAUUUUGACUCUAUAGUUUCAAAGCAAUUUCUCUUUGCACAGUCCAACAUAAAAGGCUACAUUUCUGAAAAUAUUUAUCAAUACUAAAUUCAUGAACAUUUUGAAACAACAAAUUGUAUGCAACAUUGUUCUUUUGUAUAGUUGCUCAAAAGUUGAAUCUUGUAUAUUUCUUUCUGUGCUUAUAUGUUGUUUGCUUUUGAAUUCUAAGAAAGACAUUUGUUAACAAAGGUUAUUAUUAUAUGUAUGUUUAAGUUACACAAAUCUUCCAGUUACCAUUGAAUAUAUGUACUAUGAUUUAUUCAUUGAAUUAAUGAACUUGUUAUUUAUGACUUGUAUGACUUAGCAGUAGCAUUUUGUUUAACACUGUCGUAAUUCCAGCCUGCACAACAAGCUUGUCAAGAUUGUAGCCUCUUAAGAACUUUCAUAAAGAUUAUUUUUUAAAGGCUAAAUAUUAGUAAAUUUUUAGGAGCACUUAUGUUGACACCAAUAUAAAAAAUUUUUUUUUUUUGAAUGGAGUGGGAAAUGGAAUUAAGAAACAUUUUUUUUUUUUUGGACACUCCAAAAUGAUACAUUUCCAUUCUCAUGUGUCUUCUGCUGUUUUUUUUUUAAUAAGUUUGGUAACAUUUUUACUAGCCACAAGCACUUAUCUUUUUGUAAUACUAUCAUACUUUUUAUUACACCAUCUGAUUUACCUAUUACAGUAGUCGAGUACAAUUAUUGUGGGUUUUUUAUUAAUGAAAUAAGGUUAUUUCAAGAUUUCUAGAAAAUCUUUAUGGCAAAACAUUUAAUCAUUUAAUGAAUGAAAAUGUUUUUUCUUUAACUAUUUAAACUUUGAAUAAUUAUCUUCAGUUGGGAUAUAAAAAAAACAACAGAUUCUGUUAAGAUUUUUAAUAAGAUAUUUAAAAAAAAAUUAUUUUGUGGUUUGCGGAAUCUUUUAUUUUUCUUUGGACACAGAAGUUUUUUUUAAUGCCUAUUGAUAAGACGAGACGCUGUUUACACUUUUAAGAAAUACAAUCUGUGAUGUAGUGUUGACUAAAAGGUUUCAUGUUGAGGGAAGCGUGUGUUUUUUUGUUUCUUGAGAUAGAAGACUGAUUUUAGUAGUGUAAUGCUGCAAUUUGCUAUGAAAUCUGUAUUUAUUCUUCAUGAACUUGCUUACAGCAUGGAAUCAUACCUCACCCUUAACUAUUGAUUGAAUUUGUUGCAUUGUAUUGUGUACUGAGUGGAGAUUAGAAGUGUUCAUUGAUUGAAUGAGUUGCAAAUACCUGUUGUACAGGACAGGAAAUAAAAUAUAUCUUAAUCAAUGGUACAA